GCAACAAAAGGAGCGCGUCGGCUUCUCCGUGCAAGAAUGGAAAGGAAGAUGGAGGAGAACCCCGUGAAAGAUGCCGAGACUGGCAAUGAAGCUGGAGGCGAGGAAGCCUUGGUGGGAAAUGUCAGCAAGCUGACGGUGAGCCCACCAGGUUACUCAGGAACUCCAAGAAAAGGACAUCUGGUUUUUGAUGCUUGCUUCGAGAGUGGGAACCUUGGCCGUGUUGACUACAUCAGCGAAUUUGAGUUUGACCUCUUCAUUCGGCCAGACACCUGCAAUCCCCGAUUCCGAGUGUGGUUCAACUUCACCGUGGAGAAUGUCCGAGAGACUCAGAGGGUGAUUUUCAAUGUAGUCAACUUCUCCAAGACCAAAAGCCUCUACCGAGACGGCAUGUCUCCUGUCGUAAAGUCCACCAGCAGGCCAAGAUGGCAGAGGCUUCCAGCCAAAAAUGUCUACUACUACCGCUGCCCGGACCACCGGCGCAAUUAUGUCAUGUCGUUUGCCUUCUGCUUCGACCGAGAGGACGACGUUUACCAGUUUGCCUACUGCUACCCUUACACCUACUCCAGAUUGCAGCACUACCUCGCCAACCUGGAGCGCAGGAACCUUCCCUACCUGCGGAGGGAGCAGCUGGGACUCAGCGUGCAACAACGACAGCUGGACCUGUUAACCAUCACCAAUUGUGAGCAGCGGAGUAGAGGAAGAGCGAAGAAGUUGGUGUUCCUCACGGCUCGCGUUCACCCCGGAGAGUCUCCUGCCUCGUUUAUCUGUCAAGGUUUGAUUGACUUCCUGGUGAGCCAGCAUCCUGUAGCUCAGCUCCUGAGAGAUUAUGUGAUCUUCAAAAUCGUCCCCAUGCUGAAUCCCGAUGGAGUGUAUCUUGGCAACUACAGGUGUUCACUCAUGGGUUUUGAUCUCAAUCGCCACUGGCAAGACCCCUCCCCAUGGGCACACCCCACACUUCAUGCUGUCAAACAACUCAUUUUGGAAAUGAGCCAAGACCCGAGCGUUAGCUUGGAGUUCUACAUCGACGUCCACGCUCACUCCACCAUGCUGAACGGCUUCAUGUACGGCAACGUGUUUGAGGACGAGGAGCGCGUCCAGAGACAGGCCGUCUUCCCCAGACUGCUGUGCCACAACGCGCACGACUUUUCCUUUUCCAACACGUCUUUUAACCGUGACGUGGUGAAGGCCGGCACUGGCAGACGUUUCCUCGGCGGUCUCCUUGACGACACGUCCUACUGCUACACUCUAGAGGUGUCUUUCUACAGCUACAUGACCUCUGGCAGCACGGUCCCCGUGGCCUACACUGAGGAGACAUACAUGAGGCUGGGUAUGAAUGUGGCUCGGACCUUCCUGGAUUACUACAAACUCAAUAACCUCAUCACUGACAAUGUGCCAAGUCACCUUCAAAGUUCUGAAGUGGCGUCUAAGUCAGACGGUGACGUGGUGGACAGAGAGAAGGAGAGAAGCCAGCAUGUCAGACAUUAAAUGGACACAGACAGGAGGAGCCUUCACUCUUCAUCACUUUGAAGAUCGACAUCUUUAUGCCUCAGGGCAUACAUGGACUAAAAAUGUCACAAUUCCCUCAAAAUUAUUUAUUACUACAAAAUGUUUAUGUAUGAUUACAUGUGAAUGCAAGCAAGCCUACUACAGCUAUUUAAAUAUGUAAUGUUUUUUUUGUCGUAAUAUUACACAUGUUUUCUCAUUGCAAUAAUUCCAGCAUUUGUAUAAAAGACACAUGAAUGAUGCAGCGUUUGUAAAACAAUGCAAAACAAUGUAUUGUGUACAUAGUAAAAGGCUGUGUACAAUAACUCCUUAUAUAUUGCUCAAAGAUGAGUUUGCCAUAUUUUUUGUCAUAUUCAAACUUGAGGAUAAGGCAUCCCCUAUUUUAGGGGAAGGGAACCCUGAUCCAUGUUUUGUGGUCUGCCUUUCUCCAACACACUUGAUUCAAAUGAUCAGCAAGCUCAUCAGUAAGCUCUGUAGAAACCUGAAACGAUCUUUAAACAAACUAAUGCAUAAUGUAUUUAUUUUGUUGAACAUCUACGACGGAAAGUCGACCAGCUGCCCCAGGACAAUGCAACUAUGCAACAUAGUAAAAUAGUGUUUGCCUUUGUUUUAAAGACUACGUAAAUUAUUAAUAUAACAAUCAUUUUAAGUAUAAAUAAAGGUACAGUACAUAUAAGUACUGGAGAUAAUUUUCAUUUGACUAUUAAAAUAAUGUCAAUACUGACAACUGAGUGAACGUU